UUCCCCCAAAUCUACAAACCAACAGCUUCAACCUCUAAUUUCCAUGGAUCCUCCUCCACUUCCACCCCAACCCACCACCAUACCUACCAGUAUGCACUCAGACUACCCUGACUCCGUGGAGUUCUCUCCACGCUCUCUCACAACAGAAACCAUCCACGACCAUCUCCCACCAGUCCCCGGAGCCAAACUCCGGCUCAUGUGCAGCUACGGCGGCCACAUUAUGCCUCGCCCCCAUGACAAAGUCCUCUGCUAUGUGGGCGGCGACACAAGAAUGGUUGUCGUGGACAGCCACUCCACACUGUCUUCCCUCGCCACCAGACUCUCCCGUAGCCUCCUUAAUGGUCGUGCAUUUACUCUCAAGUACCAACUACCCAAUGAAGAUCUUGAUUCUCUAGUCUCUGUAACUACUGAUGAAGAUCUUGAUAACAUGAUUGAAGAGUAUGAGAGAAUAACAUCAGCAUCAAAUUCAUCGUCGUCUUCUUGUCGGAUUCGUUUAUUCUUGUUCUUUAAUAAGCCUGAGACUGUAGCUUCAAUGGGGGCUUUGUUAGAUGAUGCAAAGUCGGAGACUUGGUUUGUUGAUGCUUUGAAUGGUUCAGGUUUGAUGUCAAGGAAUUUAUCUGAUUCUGCUACUGUUGAUUGCUUAUUGAAUUUUGAUGAUGGUGAAGAAAUUGAAGAAAAGAAGGAUCAAGGAGAGAAGAACAAGCAGGUGGAGCAGAGUAGCUCUGUUAUGCCAGUGAUGCCGGAUUCUCCAUUUGUGGAGAACAGUUCCUCGUCAUCUUCUUUGCCUUCCAUGGCGAAUUUGCCACCAAUUCGGGUUCGGAUUGAGGAUCAGAAAGUUGGGUUGGAAGAGCAAUUUUCACAAAUGGCUUCAGUGCAAGUUGUGCAGAAGCAAGAAGAGGGGUUUGGGAUUAUGUCUGCUGUUGUACCACAACCAGCAGUUUCCCAACACAUGAAUCGGAUUUUAUCCGAUAAUGACAGAUCCGAUCAGGGUGCUCCAAUUGGGUUCAGAAAACCUCCAUUGCCAUUACCAUUGCAGCCUGUGCAACAGAAGGCUUGUUCAAGCUACAAUCUGCCCUCCCCUGACUCAGUUGCAAGUGAUAGCAGCAUUGCAUCUGCAAAUUCUCUCUCGAAGCAGCACAUCUAUCAUCAAGCUCCAACUAGCCCCAACACCAAAGGCAAUGCCUCUCUCCCAACUCCCCAAAUCCAAAUUCCAGAUUCGGAGUACUCAUCGCCUCCACAAUUUGAUCCUAAUCAGCAGCAACAACAGCUACAAUAUGUACAUGCCAGCACACAAUUCAUCCCACACCAGGCCGCGACUCCGGUGCCAAUUACAUCUUACUACCAAAUGUAUGCUCCUCAAUCACAGCAUCAGCCAGCUGAUCAUCAUCAGCAGUACCCUUCGCCAGUCUAUUUUAUGCCGGUCACGCAAACCCUACCUUACAUGUCCACUGCUGACACCACAGUCGCGGCCUCAGGCAGGCCAGUAACGCCUCCUUUUCCAACCAUGAUUACCCCCUCUAUGGCUUACAAGGAUGCCAAUAUUCCACCCGUUUACCCCACAAAGACAGGUACUGCAGCUGCCCCUAUGCCUGAAAUGGGUGGAGAUGUAUACAGAACUGCAAUGACAUCAAACCCUCCUCCAGCUCAGAUUCCAUCAAAUCAGUAUCAGCAACAAUAUGUGGGUUAUGCACAAAUGCAACAACAUCCAGCUCAGUCCAUUGCUGCUAGUACUGCAUGUUAUGGAUAUGAUCAAUACUACAACACUGCAGUACCUGAUCACCAGAUGUACUACUCUCAUCAUCAUCAAGCUUCUUCUACUCCAUUGCCUUCUCAGUUCCAAACCAUGACUCCAACUGCCGCAGCAAUAGCCUUGGCAGAUGCUUCAAACCAGCUUCCUACAGAUACUUCCACUUCCAGGCAGCAGAACAUUACUAGCUCACAACCACUUUGAGUCCUGGUGGUUUUGUACUGAAUCUCUGCUGCUUCAUCUAUGGUUAUAGAUUUAGAUUGUCAUUAUAUUGGCAACAGAGAGAGAAAUAAGUAAAUGGGUAUUGUUAAAUUUUGACAGUAUCUUCAAAUUCCGCGAUCUUGAAUAAAGAGUUUACCAGCUAC